CCCAGCCCAGUGAUUGUGAAAUUGGUGAAUUCUGGGCUUACCCCACCACUAUCCCAGAAGGCUUUGGGGGGGGGCUUGUCUGGUCCGAGCAGCUUGUCCCUGCUGCCUUUAACACGGAGCCUAGAGAUGCGAGGAUGCACGGCUGCGUGGAGCAUCGCAUGCUGGGAGAGAACAGGGUGAAGCGGGUGCCUGGGAGGGGUCAGGCGCCCAGUGCGGAAGAGGCAUCACCAGGGGCUGGGGUUUGACUAUGGAGGUCCCCCCCCCGAGGUGACUGCCUACCUCCUCCAUUGGGUUCAGAGCUAGUCUGUUCCCCCCCCGGCUGCCUGAGAGAAGCCCUGCAGUUGCUGGGGGUCCGAGGCUUCCUAGCAGCCCCCCGUGGGUGGGACUCAUCCCCGGCUCUUGGCGGGGGUGGGGGGGGGGGUCUGAUGUGUUGAGUCGCAGAGCACAGGAAACUGGCGCUGGCACGAGCUAGUACUUGUGCCACGUAGUGACCUGGUGCCAUCUGCCUCAAAGUGGGAUCCCACCGCUGCCACAAGGAGCUUCUGAAGUGAGGGGGGCUUCAGGGGCCUCCCCCUCCCACACAGGGCUGGGGGUGGGUGGGAGCUUUGACAGUGCAGCUUCUCGGCAGGGUCCUACCCCUCUGUGGGCCUCUGCUGUAGUGAGCCUUGGGACAAUGGGCCCAGUAUGUUACCCGAGAGCCGGCCCCUGCGUCAGCAGCCGGCCCCGCUCGCCCUCGCUCCCGCCUUGAGUUUGUGGCACUGGAUGAUUUUAAAAAGCGGAGCGGAAGGGGGCAGAGAAUUCGGAGCUGGUGACUGGGCCGUGCCCCACUGCCGGGGGAUGGGAUUCUAUCUCCCCUCCUCUCGCGCUCUCUGCGCGGCCUGGCGUGAAGACUGCUGGUCUGUUGUGGACAUGCAGCCACCUCUGGGUUGGACCAAAGCAGCACCAGCAGUACGCGGUCGGAGGCAACCGGCCCUAUCCCGGGAGAGCCCCAAGGCCAGAGAAGGGCUUUGCCCCGGCUGGUGUCUGGGACGUGCAUCCCCGAGGGCUGGGGGAGCGGGAAUGGUCAGGACGCAGGGGCGACAUUCUAUCCAAAACCUGGUACCUGCUCCUGGUAGCAUGGCCCCCUGACAGCCACGGGGUCCCCCAUUGGCAGCACGGCCCCCCAGUGCAGCUGCAGGGCUCAGCCUUCACUCAGGAAAGGGCGCCCCCUAGUGCCAGCCAAGGCUCGGCACCGCCAUGGGGGCAAGGGGCCCCCUGCCGGAGGAAUCGGCACCUGCUCUGCCCAAUGGGGUGGCUGCUCCGGGAUCUCCGAAAAGGGCUCAGGGCGGUGACUAGAAACACAGCUGGGGCGGGCCGGGCUGCCCUCCCUGUGGGGGCAGUCUGAGCCCGGGGCGGCUGCAUUUCGCCCACCAUGGCUACCACCCGGCUCUGGGCCCGGGCCGCUCUGCUGGGCGCCCUGCUGGGGCUGGUGCAGGGGGGCCGGCGGCUGGGCAGGCUGGCCGAGAAGAAGCUGUGUGCGGACGCCGACUGCAGCCAUCCGAUCUCCAUUGCGGUGGCUGUGCAGGAUUACAUCGCCCCCGACUGCCGCUUCGUCCCCAUCCAGCGCGGGCAGGUCGUCUACGUCUUCUCCAAGCUGAAGGGCCGCGGGCGACUGUUCUGGGGCGGCAGCGUGCAGGGGGAUUAUUACGGGGAGCACCCCGCCCGCCUGGGCUUCUUCCCCAGCAGCGUAGUCCAGGAGAACCAGUACCUCAAGCCGGGGAAGGUGGAGGUCAAAACCGAUCAAUGGGAUUUCUCCUGCCAGUGAGUCCUGCCUCGGGCCCAGCUGCCAGCGCUCCGGCUCCCGGCACACCCACCUGGGCCCGUGACUUAGUGCUUGGCCCAGGCUGUGCUACUGUUCCAGUCCCCGGGGUCAGGCGUGACUUCCCUUUGCUGUAGCAAUCCUCCCCCUCCCCCCCCCUUUGCACUGGGGCUUCUGGUGCUGGGGCAGCCCCCUGUAGCUUCACCCUCCCCACCCCCUGCCUGGGCCAAUCCUAAAUAAAGCCCCCCUGCAGCAAACGUGCUGGCCCCCGUCUUUCCCUGGGGAGGAAGCAGGAGC